UUUCGAUCUCAUAGGUCCCAUGGGCUCUACCGGAAGGGGCGUGACUUCGCCACUAUUUAGAAUCCAAUCAGCUGGACUAGAUAGAUGGAACGUCAAGGACCACCCCUUUGGAUCUAGAUUGAGGUUGCCAAGCGACGGGCGGAGAGAGAGAACUCCUACCAUAGAUAACCACGAUUUUGUUUAGCUAAUGUGGCCGCUGGUCGAGAUGACAUUUAUCCUAACGGCGUUAGGCCUAUAGAGUGUCAAAAUAUGAGUUUUGAGUUCCAAAACAGACCAGCACCAGUCUUUAUUUUCUUCGGCCUGGAGAUAUCGUCCGCGUAGUCUAGAUACUGAAAAUCUCGUUAGAGUCCCAUCGAACUCCAUGCUUGUAACUUAAGUAACUGCAACGACAUCCGAGGCCAUAAUUAGUAAUGCCCCGCAAACCUAAACAGCUUGGCAGACCACUUAAUAUCAAAGAUACGCCGAUCAACACCAAACUGAUCAAAAAAAAAAACAAGUAUAGGAGACCAAUAACUGAGAAAAUCAACAUUUAUCAACCACUGCUUGAGGAGACUGAGCUUGAAGAAAUAGAAGUUCCAACUGCCCAAGGAAGCUUGAACAAUGUGGAGCCCGUUCAGUUCGAUGCGCUCCGUUCGAGGGCCGUGUGCUGCGGCCAACUCAAUUUUAAAAACCUCAGCCAUCCAAGUACCACCAUUUCGAACAUUAACGGACGUGCAUCGUCACCAAUGCCAACAUUUGAGUCCCCUGAAGAUGAUCCGAUUGUCCUGGGGGCAGCUCUGGAAGCAUGGUCUGCAUCGUUUGAUCUAGAGUAUGACACGUCCGCCAGCCACGACGUCUCUGAUGGUAUCUUCGGUCCGUUAUCCUCCACUACCUGUACCAGCAGCCUGCCAACCCCUGAAGUAUUUCGCCAUGAGUGCGACAAAGGGUCUCUGAGUGUGUUGGCAUUAAGGCCACUGGACUUCUCCAUUGAGGAGGAGCUGCUGCAUCCUAAAGUGAAGAACUCGACCCUGCUUGAUGUCAGCAAUGCUAAUAAUAUUCACAUGGAACAGCCUAUCGACCUCUCCUUCAUCACAGGAACUAAAGUUGAAUCUAGGAGAGGCUGCAACCAUUUUGUUUCAGACUGGAAUUUUAAAAAGAUUUCACCAAAGACCAGGCCCUCAAUUGGAGCCCCUUUAGUCGAGGUCCAGCAGAAGGUACACUUCCACAGGCCUGUUUUUGAUGUGACCCUGAGACCGACCGAUGCCACCCAAGAUGCCCGGGCUGCAUUCCAAACAUCCAUUAAGGAGCCCAUGGGGAAGGUGAAGGCUGAAAUAUUUGAUGAGCAGUCCAAACCUCAUUUCCCCAGAAGACCAGGCCAGGACCCUCCCCGCAUAUUAAACUUCACCUGCCUUGAAGACCGUGAUGCCUUUUUUCAGAGAUUGAGAGAUCGCUACACCAGACUAAGGAGCGUUCCUCUCUUUCUUCAAACAUACAAUGGUGUCCCAAGCCGAGAUGUCCUCUUCUAAAGUCUGCACACAUUUGUGCAAUAUUGUUAUUGGGAAUAAUUUGUGCAGCCGCAAGCUAACCACCAGAUGUCAGGCUUUCUUCGUUGGAUUAUAAUAUGGUGAAUUUAAAUAAGGUUUUGUUGCACAGUUCUUGGUGUUUAAAAUAAAAAAGACGUGUGUCUUUCAUUUGUUCUGA